GAGACAGGGAGAGGGAGAGAGAAAGAGAGAAGGAAAUGGAGAGGCAGAACGAGAGAGCGCUGAGGGAGAAGGAGCUGCAGGCCUCCAAGGCCAUGGAGAGCCACUACCUGGCCGAGCUCCACGCCAUGAGGGGGCAGGAGGACCGGACCAAGCCCGAGAGACUCACCCCUAACCGGGCUGAUAAAACCAAAGAGCUCGCCCCUCCAGGUCCCAAACCUGUCCCACCAGGACUCCACCCUUCAAUGGUCCAAUCACAUCAUCCCAUCCCAGGUCUGAUCCCAGGCCACGGCCUCUUCCUGGGGGCCGGCGCUGUGGGGACAGCGCUCUCAGCCUCAAUGUUAGCUCAGAGAGCCAAUGAGGAGGAGAGGUGGCUGGCACGGCAACGUAAGCUGCGGCAGGAGAAGGAGGACCGUCAGUACCAGGUGUCUGAAUUCCGCCAGCAGGUUCUGGAGCAGCACCUGGACAUAGGACGGCCCGGAGAUGUACUAGACCACAGGACAGACUCACACAGGUGAGACAACAAUCCCAGUGUUUAAACCCUCUUACAGUUUUCAGGCCUAGCAGUAGUUAUUUACACAACACUACAA